AUGAACAAAGUUAUUAUUUUUAUUUUAAUCAUUAUUACUCUUUCUUUUGUGUUGGGUGAAACUAAUGAAGCUGAUGGUCUAGUUUGCAAAAUUAAAAGCCAAGAUUGUUCUGAAGUUUUCAAUGCGUUCAUGGAUGCAAAAAAGAAUUGGAAAGAAAUGCCAGAAAGUUUUAAUUCAUUGUUUGUUUCACUUUUUUUUAAUUAUUGUUAA